UUUUUCAACAUUGUUCACUCAUUUAAAUACUCUUCAGCCCUCGCUUUCCCUUUCUUCUUUCUUCCAUCUCUCAACUACUGCGACUCGAGAAAGAAAAUCUUCUUGACUCUGAACCGCAGCUUAUUCCCUACAACAUACAACCUUUACUACACAUCACACACUCACUUCUCCUCACACAUUCUCCGACCCACCAACGACCUAACCAUGCCGCCUUCCAAGCCCUCUCCAUCUUCUCGUCAUGCCGAGUACACGCUCGGCAUGACUCCCAAUGAGAUCCGCCUGCUGCUGCUUGCUCACCUCUGCUUUGACAAGGACUCUGGCAAGGUUUGUACUCCCUUCUCACCUAACAAUUGAUAUUCCAUCACUACGCCCUCAACGUGCGGUUGACUAACUUCACUCACUUUUUCCAUUAUACAGAUGGACCACGCGAAGCUUGCAGCCCGGGCCAAGAUCACCGUCCCCUCAGCCAAGACCAUGUACCGGGGCGCACUUACAAAGCUCGCGAGAAAGAAUCCCGAGCCGACCCCCGGUACCGACAAUGGAGAUGGCGCUGGCCCUUCCACCGUUGCAAGCCCUGCGGCUGCUAAGCCUGGUCACCGCCGUGGUCGUCCUCGCAAGGCUCAAGUUGCCAGCGCAGAGACUACCGCGGCGCCCCAGACCACUGGAUACAUGAUCAGUGGAGCACAGAACGCCCCGGCACAGGCCACCAAGCCCCAGCCUACUGCAGCCCGUACCACCGGAGCCCACACUAUGGCGAAUCCAGCCAUGGUGUUUGGGUAUCUGCCGGGUAUGCAGGAUGAGGGUGAGGGUGUCGACAUGACCGGGUACGAGAUGUGAGCAUCACGCAGUACGCCGGAAGGAUCUGGGCCUUUUUGUUUACCGUUUUCCCCCUGCGCGUCCCGCCCCCGUCUCGUCCCUUCUUCGCUGGGGUUUUGCUCGUUUUUUUUUUUUUUUUUU